UUGAAAUUAUUUGUAGCGACCAAGCUUUUGACUCCGUCCAGGCGAAUCGAGCCGUUGGCAGAGCUCCGUGCGCUCGCCGAGCCUCAACCGCAGUUCUCUUCACGACCAGUGCUUGAAUUUGAACCGAAUCGUGCUGAUUUUAGGGCUGGUGAGUACGGCGACAACACGGCGGAGUACGUCGAGGAGGCGGGUGCGGGGGUGGGUGCGGGGACGGGUGUGAGUACGGGGGUGAGUGCGGGGGUGAGUGCGGGGGUGGGGGCGGGUGCGAAUACGAGCGCGGCGCCGACGCGCACCCGCGGCCCGUCGCCCACGCGCACGCGGCCCACGCCCAGCACCACGCUCGCGCCGCCACUGUCGGAGUCUCUACGCUCUGGCGCGUUACGACCGUAUCUCAUACGCCGCAACUGCAAACUGCUCGUGCUUGCAUUAUUUCAUUUAUGUAACCGAAUUCGCUAUCAGUAA